UUUAGCGUCAGUCGGCGGCGGAACAAGACACGAAGAGUACGGGUGACACUCGUACCGGUUAGAAUCUCGUGAAGUAAACGAAGAUUCUGUGAGUUUUGUUAGUUGGAAAUUGUAAGGUGUAGGUGAACAUAUUUAUGACAUUUUUUGGUAAUUCAAAAGUUCGCGUUUUCCUAUCGACAGUAUCCUGAUUGUCCUAGAGCAAGCAAGAAAAUCGGUAAGCGUGUUUGUAACUGAAUUUGAGCGUGGGUUGCGAAGAGAGACAGCCAGGGGAAAAAGUUCGGAAAGCUUUCGCUCACCGGACAACUCCAACGGGCAAACAGCGUGGUGAGUGUUGCUGGCACGUGCAUCAUUCAGUGAUUAGAGUGAGAGUUUGCAAUCUCGGUGUUGUUGGCAUAUGUUCAGUUUUAAGUUCGAUUUAUUGUGCAAUCACUCGAAUACUGUGCGGAGUGAAGUGAGUUCAGUCUAUAGUGUCAAAGUAUAUUGUCAUCAUACGAUCAAGAAUUGAGCCGGUUAAAAAUAGUCAUAUUCGUUGGUAGACCGGGACGGAAAGAGGCAAACACAAUCGAAUUAAAUGUGUAGACCAAAUUAGGUCCAAUUGAGUCGCGCCGCUUCUACUGCUGCUGCUGCUGUUGCUGUUACCACUAAAAGGGGCACGGAACAACGGGGCAAGAUGACCACGACCAACGGCGAGCUGCUGGGGCUUGCAUUCAUGGCAUUCUUCAUCAUCACGUUUUCGUCCACCGCCCGCUACUAUGUCAAGUUCCUGUGUUUCAUCUUAUUCUCAGUGGUGUGCGCCGUCGGACCAAUUCCGUUCAUGCUGCUAAGGCCACGGGACUAUCGGAAUGCCUUACUGCCCGCCUAUCUGUGCCGAAAGUUUGGGGCGAUCCUGGGAGCCUCGUUCGAAGUUCGUGGAAAGGAGAACAUUAACCAACAGCAUGGCGGAGUGGUGCUAAUGAAUCACCAGAGCGCGUUGGAUCUUAUCGUGCUGGCCUAUCUGUGGCCCAUCAUCGGCCGAGCGACGGUGGUGGCCAAGCGGGAGGUGCUGUACAUGAUCCCCUUCGGAACGGCUAGCUGGCUGUGGGGAACGCUUUUCAUCGACCGGAAUAACCGUAGCUUAGCUAGAACUACAAUCAACAAAGAGUCGAAAGCUAUCAAUGAUAAGCAUGCCAAAAUUCUCUUCUUCCCCGAAGGAACACGAGGCAAUGGAGAUAGUUUGCUUCCGUUCAAGAAAGGUUCAUUCCAUGUCGCCAUCGAAUCGCAAGGGUUCAUCCAACCGGUGGUUAUCUCCAAGUAUCAUUUCCUAAACUCGAAGGCGAAAAUUUUCAAUCGAGGUAAAAACAUCAUAAAAAUCCUGCCGGAAAUUCCCUGCGCAGGUCUGUCCAAGGACGAUAUCCUGCCGCUAAUGGACCGGGUCUAUCAGCAAAUGCAGACCGAGUACGACGCUCUGAGUGAUGAAUCGCUUGCGAUUAAUAAUCUCAGCAAAAGCCUUUGAAUGCCACCAGACAAUGCUAAACUGAAAGCAGCAAAUCAACAACAGGACCGGGUUUGAUAAUUGGCACUAUGUUGGGUUGACGGUUAGGAUCCUUUAGGAGAUAGCUAGUGUGGAGAAAUUUUACCUUUAUGUCUGCUUCAAUCAGAAGCAGAACCACGUUCAUUGAAAAAUGUCCGUUUUUAAAUUAAAAAUACUAGCACAAAAGUACGAGAGAGAAAUUGUUUAAGUGAUUAAUCUUCCCCGCCCGCCCGAAACGGUUGCCAGAGUUUGAAUAAGUUAUUCCUAUUGACGAUGAUUCAGUAGAACAAAUUAAAUGAAUGCAACUGUAACUGUUUACUGCUGAAUUAUAGUUUUCAGCAUUUUAGUUUGACGGGAAUCCUGUGAAAAUAAAACGGGUUAUAUGUCUAAAAUGACGAGCGGAUCGAUCGAUUUGAUAUAAUGAUCUAUUAUAAGCUAAAAAGUCCUAUAGUCCUAUAGAUAUAUGUUUAUUUUAGAGUCACUAAUGCUAUACACAGACAAAUACAAAGCAGCUAUAUAGACAAAAUGAACAAAAUAAAAAGCUUUAUAGUGAGGAGAGUUUACAAAGAGGAUAAUUUAUGUUCUUGUGAUACAGAGUGAGUAAUCGUAAAAUAAACGCAUAUUGAGUAUAA